CUGCCCCCUGUUCUCCUACAUUCAGCACUCGCGAGAAUUGAAAAACAGCUUCAACAGAAAGAGGAAAUCAUCGGUCAUGUGAAAGAAGAAAAUGCACGUUUAGAAGCUGCACUAAAACGUCUACACGAGGAAGUACGUUGUGGGGUUCGUGUUUCCACUGCUUUGUACGACUUACAAACUCUUGAUGUACUUCUAGACACCAAGCACUACUACUGUGCCAAUUUGGAUCGUUUUCGUUUGGCUCUCCUGGACCUUCGACGACGUGCAGUUUUCAUACCAGGUGCUUAUUUCAUCAAUCGAAUUAUCUGUGACGUUCUCCGCAUGUGUCCAGUCACAUUUGUUCCCUAA